AUGCCUCUGUCCCUAGAAAGUGCUUUGAGGCAACUUGUCCAGACCUCAAGAGAUGUCGAGCGUCGGAAUGGCGUGACAGAAAACGACAAAAAAAGGUUAAAGGCAGCCGUCACAUUACUGAAAAAUGGACACCCACCAAAGGACGCCGUUGGAGCAGGCCGCCAAUCGAUUUAUCUCAACUUCCUUCGCAAAGUUCUACAGCUGAACGAUCAAUCUACCGUCGUUCUUUGCGCUAUUGGUUUGGGACUGUCGACAAUUGCGAUCGCAAAGGAGAGCAUACGACUUGAUCUUCCGUACGAGCUUCAGAAUCACACUGACCUUGACAACCCUGUGCUCCGGCGGCUUGCACAUCAAUAUUUCAGUUUUGGUCUCUGCUCAGAGGUUGCCCAGCAUCCCUUACAAGCUGGUGGUGGGACUAUUGACCAGGCAUCCGUGUCUCAUAACGCUGUCGAGCAUCCUGAGCAGGAUGAAGGAAGCUACCAGGUUGCUCGGCAGAUCUUUAUGCCUUUGACUGGAGAUGUCUAUGAGCUCAACUUGCAAGAUAUUCGAGAUAUCAUAGAUUCAGGUCAGAUAUCUGGCGCUAUAUGGCUCACAGACACAUAUGGAGUGAACACGACAUCUUUCGUCACAAUUCCAGUCAGUAACGAGCUGACGGAUCGAUUGAUCUUACACCGCCCCUUGGCAACAUGGAACCAACCGCCAACUUAA